AUGGCUUCAUUUCCGAAUAAUUAUACACAUCGAAAGGUCGCAGAUACAGCCGCCAAGGCUUGCGAAAUAUGUUACAAACCGAGCACCAGCGUUCUAGUGACACCCGAAAAUAAGGAUUUCUUUUAUGUCUGUCCUGCUCAUUUGAAAGACAAAGGAUUUUGUAAUCCCAUUAUUGAUGAAGCUGCCGUAGCGGCCAAAAAGAAGAGGGAGAUGGAGGCAGAAGUGCAAAGGGUGAAACAGGAGUUCGAGGAGAAGCAAAAGAAGAAGAAAGAGAAAGAAAAGGGCGCCAAAGACAAGAACAAGGACAAGGAUAAGGAUGCCGAAGGCGAGAAGAGUGAAACCAAGGAUGAGAAAAAAUCCGAUGAGAAGGUGAGGCCUGUUCUAAGUCAACCUGCGACGAGCCCUUCACCGGAGGAAGAGCCUAGGGUUUUCAGUCUACAGAAGGCGUUCUAUCAACUGAGAAUCGACAAGAAACGGAAUGCGGAAGUUGCCAAACGGAACCGGGAACGUCUCCAAAACCCAAAUCUCUUCCCUCAAGUGCCGAAAGGAUUCCCUUAA